AUGGCAGCCAAGUUAGUCAUCUUCCUAUGCGCGGUGGCGGCCGCUCGCGCCGGCAACCUACUCGGCGCUCCUGUGGCUUCAUACGCUGCGGCCCCCGUAGCUGCUUAUGCUGCGGCACCCGUGGCUAGUUACGCCGCUGCCCCGGUCAUUAAAUCGUACGCCGCUCCCGCAUACUCUGCCUACGCCGCGCCUGCGUACGCCGCUCCUGCGUACGCCGCUCCUGCGUACUCAGCGUACGCUGCUCCUGCGUACUCAGCGUACGCUGCUCCCGCAUACUCGACCUACGCCGCACAUGCUCCCGUCGCCUACUCCGCCCCAGUAGUGAAAGCCGUCGCUCCCGCCGUAUCUUCCGUGUCUUCUUACUCGACGCACACUGCCCACGCGGCGCCUUUGUACGCUAAGGCUAUCGCUCCCGUUGCCAGUUACGCCGCUCCAGUGGCUACCUACGCAGCACAUGCUCCCGUAGCUUAUGCUGCUCCAGUCGCGCCUGUGGCCACAUACGCCCAUGCUCCCGUAGCAACUUACGCCGCCUCUCCCGUCUUGAAAUACUCAGCUGCGCCCGCGGUCUCCCACGUGUCAUACAGUGGCCUGGCAGCUAACUACGGCUGGUGAUCACCUUAACCGACUGUGUUCAUAUCUAGUGAUGUUAAAUUUGUAUAUUUAUUUUUGUACAAUGACAAUAAAAAUAUAAAAGUGGUUUAUAAA